CGGGAUUUUAGGUUAUUAUACUAAGGCAUUAUAUAUUUUUAGUAUAGGCUACAAUAUAGCUUAUCUGAAACGUUAUGCAUAAAAUAUCUAAAAUGCCAUUAUCGGGCACUGAAAGAAACUGACUGAACUAACCAAGAAAAAAGCGUCAGAAAAAUAUGGGAUACAAGAUCCCAGGAGCUGCCAUGGAUCGAGUUAGCCAACUUUGGCGGUUGAGGCGCCGGGCCCGUCGAGGGGCCCUGUGCAUGGCGCUGUUCUGUAUGACUAUGGCUCUCCUUUACACCUUUUGCGCUGAAAACAGCAUACGUGUCACAGAUGCCAUUUUCGGGGUGAAGGCGAGAACUCGAGCUCAGCCAAGAACGCACACAAUUGUUAAGGUAUUGCGGGGAACAGGAGGGUCAAAACCCAUGUAUUCUGACCCUCAAAAGCUUCCAGGUGUUAUCCCUGGAGAUCCUCAAAAGCCUAUUCCCAUCCUGUCGUCUUCUAACUACUCAAUGGAGAGCGGUACUAAGGAACGCAACCUCAGGGGCAAACGAAGAGAGCAUGGGCUAUUUUACUGGCUUCUAUCACAACCGCUGAGGCGUGCUUUAGAGACUAUUUUUGGAGGCCGACGGAGAGGAGAUUUGAGAGCCACAAGUGUGGAUACUGUUAUUUUUGGGCCUAAUGGAGCACUCGGAAAGGUCUGGAAUGAAGAAAUGUCAAGUAGCAUGCUAGGAAAAAGGCUGAGGAAGGUGGUCCAGAACUAUCAGGCAAUGAAUAAAUAUGGAGUUCGUUACUCUAGACCUGAGAGCGCAGCACGUCGUUCUAAGCUGAGUGGCCCUGAACUUCUUUGUCAAAUCAAGAAUAUGGUUCAGAGUGCAACUUUAACACCAGAUAUGGAGCCAUUUUCUGGGUUUCCUUGGGCCUCUCAGUUACCUCCACGCCAAAUUACUGCUGAUAUCGGCCCGUUCAAGACCUGCGCAGUGGUGUCAUCUGCAGGUUCUCUCAAAAACUCUGGAUUAGGAAAGGAAAUAGAUGAACAUGAUGCAGUAAUGCGGUUCAAUGCUGCACCAACAACAGGCUUUGAAAAAGAUGUGGGCUCUAAAACAACAGUGCGUCUGAUCAAUUCCCAGGUAAUGUCUUCUGAAGAUUACCAUUUCCUCUCCAGUUCUUUGUACAGUGCUGGGAUUUUAGUGAGCUGGGAUCCAGCCCCUUUUUCCUCUGAUUUACGGGAGUGGUUCAACAAAACAGAUUACCCUAUAUUUAAACAGUAUCAGCGAUAUCGACGCUUACACCCUCAACAGCCAUUUUAUAUUCUGCACCCACGAAUGGAAUGGCAGCUGUGGCAGCGAAUACAAGACAAUAUGGUAGAGACGAUACAAAAAAACCCACCCUCAUCAGGCUUGUUGGGCACAGUUUUAAUGAUGUCCCUGUGUGAAGUGGUACAUGUGUACGAGUUUCUGCCUUCGCGAAGGAAAACCGAGCUGUGCCACUACUACCAGCGCUUCAGUGAUGCAGCCUGCACCCUAGGUGCCUACCACCCUUUACUCUACGAGAAGAAUCUGGUAAAGAGGAUGAACAAGGGGUCUGACCAUGACAUUUACACUCAUGGCAAGGUCACUCUCCCUGGGUUCAUGACCUUUGACUGCACCAACAGUUCCAAUUCCAGCUCUCUGUCAAAGAAAUAACCUGAGGGUAAACUGUUUUACUUGGUACACUUUCAGAACGUAACAGUGAAGUGCAUAACUUAGUCUACAACUGUAACAAGUACAGUCUGGUUUUUGAGUGAGAUCAAGAGUUGGUUCACUGGUGGAAAAUAACAACCUAACAGACUAAUGAUUGCUU